AUGUUGAUCUUCUCAUUCUUCAAAACUCUCACGGAUCAGGUGAUAACUGUCGAACUAAAGAAUGAUCUCUCAAUAACGGGUACUUUGAAAUCAGUUGAUCAAUUCUUGAAUAUUCGGUUAGAUGGUAUUUCGGUGGAAGAUCCUGAAAGACAUCCUCAUAUGCUCGCCGUGAAAAACUGUUUCAUCCGAGGUUCAGUGGUCCGAUACGUCAGGAUGGCAGCUAGGUCGGUUGACACCACGUUGUUGGAGGACGCUACGAGGCGAGAGGCGAAAGAAGCUAAGAAGUAA